AUGCUCCUCCAUGCCUUGCUCCUAGCUUUUGGGUUGACACUGGUGGAAACCACGCAAUCUGGGCGACGCUGGACCUACAAUCUGAAAUGCCACGAUUGUUUGUCCAUAAACAACUACAAUUGUCCAAAUGUUCGGGUAUGUAACUAUGAAGUUAGGCGCUGUAUGACGAUCUCCAUUCGUUUGAACCUCCGUGAACUACUCAUUUACAAGAACUGUACAAACAACUGUACGUUUCUGUAUCCGUCCCAGGUGCCUCCUGAAGCCCCUAGAGUCGUGAAAACUAAUAAUUUCUAUUGGGUUCGUUGUUGUAAUUCCAUGGUUUGCAAUGAUGGAGGGCCUAGUCUGGAGAGGGAUAUCAUACCCGAUAAAAUAAUUGAGGAGGAGAUAGAAGGAACUGUGCCCUUGGGGGAGUCAACGUUUCUGCUGAGCUUUGCCUCCGUCCUCGUCAGCUAUACACUGACAUGA